GGUGUAUACAAUGAGCCAGACUGCAGUAGCACCCAGUUGGACCAUGGCGUGUUGGUGGUAGGUUAUGGUACAUUGGGUGGUAAAGAUUACUGGCUGGUGAAGAAUAGCUGGGGAGCAUCGUGGGGUCUGAAAGGAUAUAUCAUGAUGUCAAGAAACAGAAACAACCAAUGUGGCAUUGCGACAUCGGCCAGCUAUCCUCUGGUUUAA